AUGACUACUCGCUACGAGCAAGUCCACAGAAACCCCCAGGGUCCAGGCGAUGCCCGCCCAACCGCCAUGCAAAUCAUCCACGACGAAGGUCUAGAGGGCCAACUGACAGACCGAUCAAUCCUAAUCACCGGUGCCUCAGCCGGCCUUGGAGUCGAAACCGCCAAAGCCCUCUACACCACCGGCGCCACGCUAUACCUAACAGCCCGCAACCUCGACAAAGCCAAGCAAGCCCUAGGCAGCGAGCUCAUCUCCUCACCGCGCGUACAUCUCCUCGAAAUGGACCUCUCAUCCCUCGAAAGCGUGCGCGCCUGUGCCGCUGAACUCCUAUCCAAGACCCAAACCCUUAACAUCAUCAUCGCCAACGCCGGCAUCAUGGCCACGCCCGAAGGACGCACCAAGGACAACAUUGAGCUCCAAUUCGGCACCAACUACCUCAGCCACUUCCUGCUUUUCCUUCUCCUCCGUUCUGCCCUCCUCGCCGCCGCCACGCCCCAGGUCCCGUCCCGGGUGAUAUUCCUCUCCUCCAUCGCCCACCGCUACUCAGAAGUCAACUUCUCCAACAUCAACCUCGACGGCGAAUACGAGAAAUGGAAAGCCUACGGCCAGAGCAAAUGCGCUAUGCUCUGGGCCGCCAACGAAAUCGACCGUCGCUACGCCUCCCAACACAUCCGCGCCUUUAGCGUCCAACCCGGUGGCGUCCAGACCGGAUUGCUUCAGCACAUGUCAGAGGAAGAGAAGACCGGACUUACCUCCGACCCUACCCUAGGUCCGCAGUUUAAGAGUCCCGAGCAGGGCGCAGCCACGACGGUAUGGGGAGCAACCUCGAAAUCGCUUCACGGUCUGGGGGGCAAGUAUCUCGAGGACGUACAAAUCGCGAGGGCAUAUGAUGAGAGUGAGGGACAAUGGGCGCCAGGAUAUUUCCCGCACGCGUACAGCCCAGAAAAAGAGCACAAGCUAUGGGAGAUUUCCCUACGAUUGGUCGGUAUGAACGAGUAA